CAAAAACUGAAUUGAUAUGCUCAAAUCUGUAGGGUGGUCGACGAGCUCGACUGUCCGAUAUGUUAGGCAGUUUCGAUACUUCCAUGUGGAACCCUCGAUAGCGCUGGGACACCCUGAUGCCAUUCAAAACAAUGUUGACAUCAAAGAACCCGGAACAAUGCCCGUGGCAUCCACGAGUCGGGAACAUGUCGAUCUUCUGCGAAGGCUUGUGGAAGUUCUCAACAAAUCUAGGGCAGCUGCCCCGCCUGCAUUUACAUGGAAACUCUUUCUGGAUGUUGUCAAUUCAUGGUCUAUUCCAAAGGACUCUAUAACACUACCAAUAUAUCAAAGAGCCCUGCGGCGAUGUUUACCAUACGCUUUUGCCGUCCGUGGGCACGCAUGGAAGAAAACGCCAAAAUGGAAGAGAGCCUCAGUGCUUUCCGCGUUACACCCCCACUCUGACAAGAUACGAGUUAUUCUGGAGAGUUCUCGAGCAUCUGGGGUGAAAUUGCAAGCCGAGGAUUACAACUUCAUUCUCAGCCAUUAUGCAGCCGUCGGUAACGCUCAAGGCGCAUUAGAUGUCAUCCAAGAAAUGAGGAAUAGUGGAUUAUCACCGAAUGAGACCUCAUUCGUACGUGUCCUGCAGGCGCUGUCGAGAAAGCUGCACUCAGUUGAUACAUUGCCACGCGAGGAGAAGGAGGAAAUGUAUCACCUUGCGGCACAGUCUUGUCGCGGCAUUAUGAGCACUAUGAAACAAUGUGGAUUCCCAUCAGCCCCCGUGCUGGACUUAGUGACGCGUAUCUUGGGGACUACGGGAUCGCUGGAGACUUACGAAGAAUUGUUGAAAUCCGUUUAUGGCGUCGAUUUGGCCCAGCCAGAUACUGUUCCCACAGAUUUCCUACAUCAAUUUCAAUACUCUGUAGAAGACGCCCGACGGACCAAUCAUCCCAUCCCCUCAUUGCCCUCCAUAUCCACUCAGACCCUUAACACUGUCAUCAAACUCACUGGGGAGCAUGGCGUAAGGGCCGCCAUUCCUGCAGUUCGAAACCAAUCCUACACGAAAAUGAUUGCAGCAUUUGAAUGCCUCACUGCACCCCUCCCAUCGAUGCGGAAUCCUGACGAAGCCUUUGGCUACGAUGUCGGGGAUGACGAUGAGCCAUACGUUCCCACCCUGACCUUCCCAGACGGCACUAUUUUCCCCGGACGGCUUUCCACCCCAGCCCCAAAUUCCCAGACAUUCGACUUUCUCCUCACUUACUUAUGCCAGGCAGACUACAAGAUACUUGCCAAACAUUAUCUCAAAGUCACAUAUGAACAAGAACGAACGCAAUCCCGUAGCUUCCGCGAAACUAUCGGAAAAUUACUACAUCCAUUCAGAACCGAGAACCCUAAGCCCCUCACAGAAUCCGAUUUCGCUACGUUAGUUCAACAGCAUGUAUUAUCACCUCGGAUCCAAACGAACCGGCACAUGUUCAAAGUCAUGGUUCAUAUGGCGAAACGGAAGGGUGACCUCCAGAUGCUAAUGUGGAUUUUAAAUCUGGAACGGUCAUCGGUGAUCCAUAAAGAGCAAUCGCUCAAAGCGUUGGUCAAGAUGGCCACCUGGAUUAAGGAUAGCGGCAAAAUGUUCGGCACGACGAAUUCGGGUUUAGGGGUUGCAGAACCCGGGAGUUCUCCACUUAUUCAUGCAGCAGACAAGCACAUUCGGUCAUUAAGGAGGAACAUCGUUGCCCUAACUGAGCAUUUGGAGAGCUUAGGGCAUUCCAUGGUUGUCACAAUACCAAGUCCAGCGACUAAAACCGAUGGAUCAGCGGUUCGAAAAGUGUGGAUGAUAGAGAGGAGGCGGAAACGUAAAAAAGUUAAGAAACGUAGAAGUCCCGCACCGGCGCCCGCACCCGUUCCACACACUGUUCUCCUUGAAACCAAGUCAUCCAAAAAUCGAUAACGAUCGAUGUGGAUUAUUGGCUCUGGUGCUUCACGUCAUAUAAGAUAUAGAUCAUAUUAUUCACCAGCAACGAUUUUAUAAUAAUAAUCGGCUCAUCUGACAGUCCUUCAAGAUGCAGGUUUUGGGCAGUGAAUUUGGUUUUGCUCAGACAAUACAUACCCGAUGUACAAACUCGAUAUCAAUGCGG